GUCCUUCGCGUGGAGAAGAGCUGGGGAAGAAGACCCAGCCCACUCCCCCAGCUGUAGCUCAAAGGCCAGCACCGCUAGGUGGUUUGCCACACUGGGGAGAGCGGUGGGUGGUCACCCCACCCUACUCGGCCCAUGGAAACGCGGAGGGAGAGUCCCGCUCGGAGACACCUGAAUCUUUGCUAGAAAGAGAGAGACCUAGCUGUCAUCAUCAUCCAGGGAGCCCUCCUCUUUCUCCUGACGACGCUGCUCUACCAUCGCAGUGGCUGGUUGUUGCUAAGGUUGCCUCCGUGGUAACAUGCUUACCCUGUUUACACUUUUAUAUGGACAAGUAGUCUGAGAUAGGAACCUAUCUACUCUGGACAACUAUUUCCAUCACCACCCAGAGGACACCAAUCAGCGUGACGCCAAGUCCAUCUUCUACUAAGUUCCCCCAACCUCUUCCUCCUCUCACUAGUAGAGUUGAUACAGAAGAAGGGAUCUUGGCUUGGUGUUGCUACUCUGAAGCUGGUUGCACAAGAUAUUGUCAAUUUAUCCCCUAUCUGGGCCCCCAGAGAAGAAAGAAGAGGGAAGAAAAGGGGAAGAGAAGGCAAGAGACACUAAUCAGUUGGAGGGAAAUUCUACAUCUUCUGUGUUUGAGAGUCUGGUAACAGCAGGCAAAAUGACGAACCCAUCAGGACAUAGCUUUCCAGGCAACUCGAUAGCUGAGAACUAUGAAGGGGAGUUUGGCUGCACAUUAAUGGACCUGAGAAAGCUCAUGGAGCUUCGUUCGGCUGAUGCAGUUGCCCAGAUCAAUGCCCACUAUGGAGGUGUACAGGAUAUCUGCGCUAGACUGAAAACCUCCUCUGUAGAAGGUCUAUCCGGGAAUCCUACAGAUCUGGAGAAACGUAGACUUGUUUUUGGACAGAACGUGAUACCUCCAAAAAAGCCCAAGACUUUCUUAGAAUUAGUGUGGGAAGCCCUGCAGGAUGUCACCCUCAUCAUCCUGGAGAUUGCAGCCAUCAUUUCCCUGGUCCUGUCCUUCUAUCGACCCCCUGGCGGAGAUAAUGAAAUGUGUGGUCAGGUUUCAAGUAACCCAGAGGAAGAGGAGGAGGCAGAAACCGGCUGGAUUGAGGGGGCAGCCAUCCUUACAUCGGUGAUCAUCGUGGUGCUGGUGACGGCCUUCAAUGAUUGGAGCAAGGAAAAGCAGUUCCGGGGGCUGCAGAGCCGCAUCGAGCUCGAGCAGAAAUUCAGCAUUAUCCGCAAUGGUCAGCUCAUCCAACUCCCAGUGGCCGAGAUCGUGGUGGGAGACAUCGCCCAGGUCAAAUACGGUGACCUGCUGCCUGCAGAUGGAAUCCUAAUCCAGGGAAAUGACCUGAAGAUUGAUGAGAGCUCUCUGACAGGAGAAUCGGAUCAUGUCAAGAAGUCUGUGGACAAAGAUCCCAUGUUGCUCUCAGGGACUCAUGUGAUGGAAGGUUCUGGACGGAUGGUAGUGACUGCUGUGGGAAUCAACUCCCAGACUGGAAUCAUCUUCACCCUCUUAGGGGCCAGUGAGGAAGAUGAGGAGGAAGAUAAGAAGAAAGGUAAAAAACAAGGAGUCUCUGAAAAUCGCAACAAAGCAAAGACCCAAGAUGGAGUGGCCUUGGAAAUCCAGCCACUCAACAGCCAGGAGGGCAUCGACAUCGAGGAGAGGGAGAAGAAAGUAAGCAGGGUACCCAAGAAGGAGAAGUCGGUACUGCAGGGCAAGCUCACGCGCCUGGCUGUGCAGAUCGGGAAGGCGGGUCUGAUCAUGUCUGCCCUCACAGUCAUCAUCUUGAUCCUAUACUUUGUGAUUGAGAAUUUCGCGAUACAGCGCAGAGCUUGGCUACCUGAAUGUACUCCCGUCUACAUCCAGUAUUUUGUCAAGUUCUUCAUCAUCGGCGUCACUGUGUUGGUAGUGGCCGUGCCGGAGGGGCUGCCACUGGCUGUCACCAUCUCACUGGCCUACUCGGUGAAGAAAAUGAUGAAGGACAACAACUUGGUCCGGCACUUGGAUGCUUGUGAGACAAUGGGCAACGCCACAGCCAUUUGCUCUGAUAAGACAGGAACGCUGACCAUGAACCGCAUGACCGUGGUCCAAGCUUACAUUGGGGGCACUCAUUACCGCCAGAUCCCAAGCCCCGAUGCCUUCCCGCCCAAGGUUCUGGACCUCAUAGUCAAUGGCAUUUCCAUUAACAGUGCUUAUACUUCUAAGAUUCUGCCUCCUGAAAAGGAGGGAGGCCUACCCCGGCAGGUAGGCAACAAGACAGAGUGUGCCCUGCUGGGCUUUGUCACAGAUCUGAAGCAGGAUUACCAAGCAAUUCGAAAUGAAGUACCCGAGGAGAAGCUCUACAAAGUGUACACCUUCAACUCAGUGCGCAAGUCCAUGAGCACCGUCAUCGGGAAGCCGGAAGGGGGCUUCCGCAUGUUCAGCAAGGGCGCCUCUGAGAUAAUGCUGCGCAAGUGUAAUCGAAUCCUAGACAAGGGAGGAGAAGCCAUAUCAUUCAGAAACAAGGACCGAGACGACAUGGUACACAAUGUCAUUGAGCCCAUGGCCAGUGAAGGACUCCGGACUAUCUGCUUAGCUUACCGGGAUUUUGAUGACACCGAGCCCGUGUGGGACAAUGAGAAUGACGUCCUCACUGAGCUGAUCUGCAUUGCGGUGGUGGGCAUCGAGGACCCCGUGCGCCCAGAGGUGCCAGAUGCAAUUAGCAAAUGCAAACGGGCUGGCAUUACUGUCAGAAUGGUGACAGGUGAUAAUGUCAACACAGCACGGGCCAUUGCCACCAAAUGUGGCAUUCUGACCCCUGGAGAUGACUUCCUGUGCUUAGAAGGAAAAGAAUUCAACAGGCUUAUCCGCAAUGAGAAGGGCGAGGUCGAACAAGAAAAGCUGGACAAGAUCUGGCCCAAACUUCGGGUGCUGGCGAGAUCUUCUCCCACCGACAAGCACACGCUGGUGAAAGGGAUCAUCGACAGCACCGUUGGGGAGCAGCGGCAGGUGGUGGCUGUCACCGGUGAUGGGACAAAUGAUGGGCCUGCUCUGAAGAAAGCAGAUGUUGGUUUUGCCAUGGGUAUUGCAGGCACGGACGUGGCCAAGGAGGCGUCAGACAUCAUCCUGACCGAUGACAACUUCACCAGCAUUGUGAAGGCCGUGAUGUGGGGGCGGAACGUGUACGACAGCAUCUCCAAGUUCCUGCAAUUCCAGCUUACCGUCAAUGUGGUAGCUGUGAUCGUGGCUUUUACUGGCGCCUGCAUCACUCAGGAUUCUCCAUUGAAAGCAGUGCAGAUGCUGUGGGUGAACCUCAUCAUGGACACUUUCGCUUCCCUGGCCCUGGCCACAGAGCCCCCCACCGAUUCUCUGCUGAGGCGCCGCCCCUACGGGAGGAACAAGCCCCUGAUCUCGCGCACCAUGAUGAAGAACAUCCUGGGCCACGCAGUGUACCAGCUCACUGUCGUCUUCGUCCUAGUCUUUGCUGGUGAGCAGCUGUUUGACAUAGACAGCGGAAGAAAAGCGCCUCUCCACUCGCCACCCAGCCAGCACUACACCAUCGUUUUCAACACCUUUGUGCUAAUGCAGCUCUUCAACGAAAUCAACUCGCGGAAGAUCCACGGGGAGAAGAAUGUCUUUGCCGGCAUCUACCGCAAUAUCAUUUUCUGCUCCGUGGUUAUAGGCACAUUCUUCUGCCAGAUUUUCAUUGUGGAAUUUGGGGGUAAGCCCUUCAGCUGUACAAGCCUCAAUCUGGAGCAGUGGUUGUGGUGUCUCUUCAUAGGGAUUGGAGAACUUCUGUGGGGCCAGGUCAUCUCUGCCAUACCUACCAAGUCUCUGAAGUUCCUAAAGGAGGCUGGACAUGGCGCUGACAAGGAGGAGAUCACCAAGGAUGCCGAGGGAAUGGAUGAGAUUGAUCUUGCUGAGAUGGAGCUGCGCAGAGGCCAGAUCCUCUGGUUCCGUGGCCUGAACCGGAUCCAGACUCAGAUCAAAGUGGUCAGAGUGUUCCAUAAUUUCCGUGGAGCCAUUCAUAAAAGCAAGAACCAACACUCCAUCCACCACUUCAUGACCCAGCCCGGAUACAACGCAGAUGACGACUGUGCGAAGUCAUUCCAGGAUGAUCAAGAGGAAAAUCCUGAGUCGGCUCCUAAGGCGGGGACUAGGGUGCUCCUGUUAGAUGGUGAGGCCACUCCAUAUGACAACAAAAACAACAAUGCCGUGGAUUGCAACCAAGUGCAAAUCGUUGCCUCCCACGCCGACAGCCCUCUGCAAAGCCUGGAGACGUCAGUUUGAACUUCCGUUCUCCGAAUCCCGUCCCUGCUUUCCCUAUUUCUUUUAUCACCUGCCCCAUCUAUAAGGUGAUGAUGGGACUUGUCACUGUUAUGUCAGCUGCUCCUAAGUGUGUGAGAACCCCCACCUGGCCAUGAAGAAACAAGAGCAUAGACCUACAAGGGCUCUGUCAAACCCUGGGCAGGCAAUGGUAGAUGUACUCCUUGGGUGUACCAGUUGUCUUUUUUUUUUUUUAAAGAAAUGAUGACAACCCUCCUGGCAUCACCCGACCCAGAGUCUCCACAGCGUUCCCACACGUGCCAUCACUUCAUGACUCGGAGGUUUUAUGAAUCUCUGCCAUUUACAAGCUAAGUUGUAAGUUGUGGGCUCAUGGAGAGACAAAUGCCCUGUGUUUGUGUUUCAGUAGACUGACUAUUCUUAGAACAUUUUUUUUUCCUAUUCUGAAAAUAUGUAUCCUAAGGCCACCAGCUCUCCUUGCCCUUCAGUCUGACCUCCCCAAGGUUCUUUAGUUCUUAUAUGACCCUUAUCAUCCUUCCUCUUGCUUUUUUUUUUUUUUUUAAAGUUGUGGUAAUUAAGAGAAUGGAAAGGACAUGGGCAAGUUGAGUCGACUUUGGCCUCUUCUGGUACCAAUAGAAUCUUUCAUUUUGUUCUAGAAGCAGGCAGAUUUCUUUGCUAAAAUGGUCUUUUUGAAGCAAACGAACUGGUGAAAUAUUUCCCUAUUUUCACCAGGUCAGCUCCAACUUCUGACUAUCUAUCUAUCUUCUUGGGCAUGCCGGGGGGGUUUAAGUGCCGGGGAAAUCCGCCAUGACCAUGAAGCUUGCAUAUGUGGGAUAUAUAGUCUUUACCAUAGGCCUGGGCUUUCGCCUUGCCCAAGGUGGGAGCAAGAGAAUGAAUGGGGUGCAACCCUGUGUCCUAGCUGAACGAAGAAUUUCAGGACCAACGUGGAGCAGGCCUAGGACCAGAAAUCACUGAAGCAGACUAUUUCCAAGGGUAUUUGCCCAGGCUCCCCCAGGGCAGGGGACGAUUGUUGGGGUAAUAAGUAUUAAGUAGCCUUGGGAGGGGCUAAAGUACCAAUCCAUCGGGAUGUGAGAAACCUCCCCUCAGGCUGGGUGCCUAAGUACCAGCUUUGACAUUCUCUUCACUCGCCUAGUUCUGUGCUUUGUUGUGUUCCGAAACAUCUUCCACCUCUAAGGAGGCCCCCCAACUUCUGCAAAUAUUCCUGUGUUGAAAAAACACAUCUGAAAGAGGAGGCUCCCAGACAGUGUUCCAUCAAGGAGCAAAGGGCUCUCCCGGGAAAGCUCCUGCCUCCUCUCUCCUCUUCCACACCACCUCCUCCAGCCUUCAGCCGUGAGCAUCUCCACUGAUGCCCAGGAAAGCCAAUGCCUUUUCACCCAGAACACUGCCCAACACAUCCUCUGCCCACCCACCUCUCAGGAGCUGGCACAACGAGGAAGCUCCCUCCACAUCUCUGCUAUGCCAAUUUAAGCUUUUUUUGUGCAGGUGGACCAAAUUUAUGUCCCUAAAUCCCAACUCCCAUUACAUCAGGGAAACCCGCCUCCCACUUUCGAGGGUGAUGGGAAUAGAGGAGAAUGCACGAGGCUCAUGAGAACUGCAGGGUUUCCAUUUGGGAGGGAAAGGCAAGAUGAACUUGUCCACUCCUCGCCUUUCCUCCGGAGAUCUUCCUCCCUCCUCACUUUUCACCCAAGCUGCCAAGGUAGGGUGAGUGAAGAAACAAUCACCAUCCCACACCCAUUACAGCAUAAUCCAUCAUUAUAGGAAAUAGGGAGGAGCUGUGAUUUGGGUUUUGGGAAGCUUACACACUUCAACAGUCUAUCCUCAUGGUGAAAAUACAGCUCACUCAAGUUGUUAAUUACACACACACACACACACACACACACACACACACACACCUGUUUAAGUACAUUAGAAGAUUUUAUUCCGUCAACUCUUUUAUUACCUCAGAUAAUUUUUAAAAAGCAAGCCGAUAACAAGCUCCGAAGGCCAUUAUACCAUCCUACCAUCCUUGCUCCUAAGAGACUUUUGUGGUGCCUGGCAGGUCACCCUCGAGGGCUUCAUGUCCACUUUUUCAAAGUCAAUAGUGGGUGUGUGUGUGUGUGUGUGUGUUCUAGUUUCCAUAGUAAGAGAAAAAAAUAUAGAAAUAUUAUGCAAAAAUAUAGUUUUCUUUAGACCAGAAACUAAUAUUUUUGAGUCAGCCAUAUAUAUAUAUAAUGUAUAUAUAUAUAUAUUGUUUAAAGAAUUUCAAAUAAAAUGCCGUCAUGGAAGACCGUAGAUGGGAGCACACAGCCAGCUGUUUGACAUGACAGGUGGCUCAGUAUAUUUGUAAUUGGUUAAAAAAAAAAAAAAAAACAACCAAUAUACCAUACUUCCUUUCUCCAAACAGCCAUCUUUAUAUUUAGGGGGGGGGAAAUUGUUGGGUUCUAGAUUUUUUUAAUAUAAAUUUUGUUGAUAUGGAAUUGAGUAAGUUCAAGUGUUUCUGUGCAUAUGUUUUUAUAUGUUUUUUUCUAUUCAGUUUCAGUGGUCCAGGUGGCAGUGAGUAACUCUGAUAGAAGUUAAUAACAGUUUCCCCUAAAUGGUGCUUUGGAUUUGGAAGAGGUCUGGUGGGGACAAAGAGAACAUACCCUAGAGCCGUCUUUUGAUAAACCUAGAAAAAUGGGUAAGAGCCUGCAGGUAGUGAGGGAAACACCCAGGAAGAGGCUUCUCAUCUGUCAGGACACAGAUGUACACUGCCAUGGAUCUGUGCCGGGCUUGUUGGUAACCAGGGGUGAGGGCCAGUUGGGCUUCUGUUUCGUGAGGCGUUAGCUGGCAGAGUGAUGUCAAUGACCGUCUCUCCUGGUCGGCAAGAGAACUCUGACGUGGGGUGGGGCUUGCGUUUCUUUAUGACUCCUGCACUUCCUCUUCCCCCUAGAGUGGCCCCUAUUAGCGAGGUUUUGUGCGUGCAUCUGAGUUGUGACACCUUCCUAUUUUGUAUACUACAGCAGACGGGAGACUGAGCUCCCAAUUGGAAAAGACAAAUACAGCAAUGGUUGCUUCUAGCUCUGUCUGACAGUCAGUCUGAGGGCUAGAGCCUUCUCAACAGCCCUACACUGUCCUUCAAAGCGCUUUUCCCAUCCCACAGGAUGUAAGAGAGACCAGCUAGACUCCCUCUGGGCACUCGUGGAUUCUUUGGGUUUGGAUUCCUGUUUUCCUUCAAGCUUUAGGGGAGAGUUGCACAGAUCAGUCAGAGUGAUUACCUCACUGCCGAAAAUCCAGAGGGCCAUGCCUGGAUCCUCUCCUGUAUCCUUCCCUUUCUCCCGAUCCCUUGCCUUACAGUUGAAGCUACCUGUGGUAGGUACCAUUGCAGUCCGCACAUUCAGCCAUCUUCUGCGUCUAGGGCCCACCCCGUGCACUAGUGGGGGUGGGCACUUACCAUGCCUGAUGCUCUAAAGCCAUCCCAGUAGAGACCAGAUACCCUCCCUCCCUCCCUCCCUUCAGCUCAGAGCCAGAACUUUUGCCUGCCCAGCUCUGUAGUUAGGCCUGCUGUCCCCUUUCUUCUUCUUGGGAGAGGAGAAGGGAGGUGAGUUCCCCGCAACUCCAUCGGCCUUUGGUUCAUGUUUUCUCCCCUUAUGUAUAUAUGCCAUAUGGAAAUAUGCCAUAUAUAUGUGCCAACAAAUUGACCUAUGCCAUCUUUUCUAAUCAGCAUGCAGAUAGGAAUUUUGAGUUUCUUCUCGGUAACUAGUAUAAUGAGCACUGGUAUUUUUGUAAAAAAUAAAAAUUAAAAAAAAAAAAACCAGAAAAUUGACUGUUGUAGUCUGCAUGACAGACAUGAUGAUAUCAAAGCAAUGUAUAUCCUAGAGUGUGUUGCCAUAGUUUGCAGUUCAUCUUAACAGUGCACCCAAUCUGCAUUUGCAUUUGAUAUUAUUUAAGCUCUAUGUAUGACGUUUUGCAUGUAUUUAUAUGGUUCUUGGGAGGGGGGAUGCUGUAAACUGACAAACCUGUAAUGCAAAUGUAUCGUCUCACUGACACGGGAAGAGGAGGAGUUUUGAAAGGGGUAAUUUUUUUGACCAAUAAAGCUUUUUGCUGAUGAGCAGAAACCAAUGCCAUGCACUGAGAAUAAAAACCCAUGCCCACUUGUAA